GCUAUCGUAACCAACAUCUGGGGCAUUUGGUGGGCAAUCAGAGCGCUCAGAGUAUGGUAAACAAACAUUCGAGCAUUUCAAUUCGAGUAAAAUCUUAAUUUCCUUAUCGUAGUGAUGAUAUUCUGAUCAAUGAUUUGCGGGGAAGUGCUUUAAAGGGUACUGAAUAAACAAGUAGUUUGUAAUAUCCAAUUUUUGUUAGCCAUUCUUCUUCGUUGUUUUGGUUUUUGCAGAAUGAUGCUGGCCACAGUUUCAUGACGUCAUAGCAGAGGGCUGGUGUAAACAGAUAAAGCAUCAAAAACAAAAUCAUUGUUUAGAAGAAACAACGAAAGUUAUGCUAAAAUAGUUACAAUGAAUACUGAUUUCGUUUACCCGAAUACUUUAUUGGCUCUGCUUAAUAAGUACGGUACAGGAUUUCGCGAAAUGAAAGACCCUCUUUUUAACGAGGGAAACUUUUACAUCAAAAAAUUUGUGCGGCUUGGAGUGCUGAGUGAUAUCAACCGUUUUAACGGUGACGAUGAUAAUCAAAUAGAACCGACAAUAAUUUGCAACGUUCCAAAUUGUCACUACAGUUGUACUACUGUGCAGCAAUACGAAUCUCACUACAACUCGCACCAUCGGUACUCAUGUGGAGAAUGUAACAAAACCCUUCCCAGUGGACAUUUACUGGAUCUCCAUCUAUCGGAAGUGCAUGAUUCCUAUUUUGAGGCACAAGUUCAAUCAGGAAAGCAACCUAUGUACAUUUGUUUCUUAGAAGAAUGCUCUCACAGAUCUAAGACCAGCGCAGAACGUCGUGAUCACUGCAUCAAGGAACAUAAGUUUCCUCACAAUUUUCGCUUUGAUAAGCAAACGCCAGCGCAGAAGAAAUCAAGUGGGAUUUCGACUGGAAUGGAGGUCGAAUCAGUGCAAGUUAGUAGUUCUACGAUUCCAGUAAAAUGCACUAAAAAUUUUAACUUUGGUCACUCUAAGACAAGAUCAUUUAAAACUUCAAAAGUAGAGAGAAAGACUGAUAUUUUGGAAAGUAAUCGAAUGGUAGUGGAUUUACUAGACAGUCUACCGACUGAUUAAUGAGGCUUAAUUUUUUUUUGAAUGGAGCAUUGUUCAAUAAAUAUGUAUUGUAAAUAAAUAAU